GCAGGUGGGCGCCGUGCGCUGCUGCGUAUCCGUCCAGCAGAAUGGACCCGGACGCGCCCGUGCCUUCAGCAGCCACUCACUGAGCGUCCCUGAGACAAAGCUGCCCGCUCCGGGCCGGUCCCUGGAGCACCCGAGAGGCCCGGCCCGCAUGGGGGAGACAGGUAUGAAGCGACCACUGAGCCCCUCUGCCCUGGCCGAGACAGAGCCCCCCACACCUGGAGCUGCGGAGUGCCCCCCUGAGCCCCCGGAACCGAAGCCCAAGCGGGAGCGGAAGAGGCCGUCGUACACAUUGUGUGACGUGUGCAACAUCCAGCUUAACUCAGAGGCGCAGGCACAGGUGCACUGCGGGGGCCGGGCGCACCAGCGGCGGCUGCGGCAGCUCAGCCUGGGCAAGCCUCCUGCAGGGCCAGCAGGCCCAGCCUCCAGCACCCCCAGCCCCCUGCUGGCCUCCCUGCCCCUGCCCGCCAGUCCUCUGCAGCCCCCGCUGGACUUCAAGCACUUGCUCGCCUUCCACCUCAAUGGCAACGCCCCACUCAGUCUCUUCCCCAACUUCAGCACGAUGGACCCGGUCCAGAAAGCUGUCAUCAGCCACACAUUUGGGGUCCCCUCCCCUCUGAAGAAGAAGCUCUUCAUCUCCUGUAACAUCUGUCACCUGAGGUUCAACUCAGCGAACCAGGCAGAAGCGCAUUAUAAAGGCCACAAACAUGCUCGCAAGCUCAAAGCCGCAGAAGCUGCCAAGAACAAGCAGAAACCACCAGACCUGGCCCGGGAGGGGGUUCCGGGCUCUCCAACUCCAGUUCCCACUAGCGCGGCCUCUGAAGAGCCACAGAGCAAAGAAGUUCCUGCAGCGCCCCCUGCCGGCCCCCUGGCGCAGUCACCACUGGCUCCGGACCCUGCACCGGGGGAGCCCGCCCAGCCAGACCCCCUGGACGCCGCCUCCUCUUCAUCUUCCUCCUCCUGCCCUCCCUGCUCCCCCGAGCCUGGGACGGAGGAGCCCGCGGGGUCUGCUGCAGAGAGCGGGGAUGGCAGGAGCGAGAAGGGGCCCCUCUACUGCCCCACGUGUAAGGUGACCGUGAACUCUGCCUCCCAGCUCCAGGCUCACAACACAGGAGCCAGACACCGGUGGAUGGUGGAAGGCCAGCGGGGAGCUCCCCGAAGGAGCCGGGGCCGCCCAGCAUCCCGCGGCGGAGCUGGACAAAAGGCCAGGAGAGCGGCGGGGGGCCGGGGGGGCCGGCAGGGGCCCAGCCCCCCCUUUCACUGUGCUCUCUGCCAGCUCCAGGUCAAUUCCGAGACCCAACUCAAGCAGCACCUGAGCAGCAGAAGACACAAAGACCGCCUGGCCGGGAAGCCGCCCAAGGCCUGCGGCCAGCACAGCAAGCUGCAGAAGCAGGCGGCGCUGGCUGUGAGUAUCCUCAAGUCGAAACUGGCCUUGCAGAAGCAGCUCACCAAGACGCUGGCAGCCCGCUUCCUGCCCAGCCCGCUCCCCGCCGCUGCGGCCCUCUGCGCCCUGCCCGGGCCCCUGGCCCUGCGACCCGCCGCAGCCACCACGCUCUUCCCGACGCCCAUCCUGGGCCCCGCUCUGUUCCGCACGCCCAUGGGAGCUGUCCGCCCAGCAGGGCCCAUCCUCUUUGCCCCCUACUAGCCUCCCGCAGAGGCUGGGGUGGACUUCCCUGGUGUGGCUCAGGCAGAGGCCUCAGCUCCUGCAUUCCAUGGGGCCCACUUGGGCUUCCUGCCCACACGUCUAGCAGGAGCUGGGCUGGACUUCAGGGUAGCUGCCCUUCACGACUCCGACUCCGUCAGGACUGGAGAUUGGAUCCCAGCCAGAGCCAGGACCGCUCCUGCCCCCUUCCCAGCCCCCUAGGAUGGCCCUGGGCUCCGCCCUGCAUUUCCCGACCCAAUUAACGGGCGAGACACCAAUGAAUCCCAAAUAUCUAUGCAAAACCUCCACCACCCAGGACCCUUGCCCCCACACCCAGAGGCCCUGGGACUCUGAAUGAGCCUGGGGACGGUGACCUGUGACCACUACGCCCCCACGAGGCUCUCCCCAUUUGCUGGAUUCUCUGGAGACUCUCUAGAAGUGUGGAGGGUCUCAAGCGGAAGUGGGGUCCGUCCAGUUCUGUAUGUGCCGUGUGGCCAGGGGGUGUGCAGAAAGGAGCAGAGGGGAGGUGGGGUGAAGCCAGAAGGGAGCUGCUGGGAUGAGGGUGUGGGCUGGGCUGGGCGCCCCGUUUUCACAGAGCCAUUGAUUCCCUCCAAGUCCUCCCCCCUUAUCUCUCAAUAUCUUCCUCUCUUUUCAGCGGGGCACUGGAUCUCCCCAGACUGUGCUCUUAGCUAUCGCCCACCCCCCAGCGUGCCCCCCUACAUGGGUCCCUAGCACCACAGCACCUUCUGUCCUCCCAGACAGCCCAUGGUCCCCCUGGCUGUGCAGCGGAGUGUGGGAGCCCGUGCUAAAUGACCCAAGUCCCAUUUUCACGCUGUCGGAACCAUCGUCC